AUGUCUGAUUCAGAGCACACGCCCAUGCCCGAGGAGGAUCCUACACAUGGUCUCUUUGGCUCUGACGAGGACGACGAGGACGACGAGCAGCAAAGCCAUAGCCAGAAUCAUAGCCAGGACCGGUCCCAGGACAACGCUCACCACCGCGGCUCGGACUCGGAAGGUAGUGUUCGUGGCUCGCCCGACAGACGCCAGCGUAGACGGAACAACCGUUUUUCUGAUGACGAGGAUGAAGACAUGGAUGGCGGACGGGAUUCCAGAGACGAGUUCUCUGGAGGAAAGGUCAAAAGACCUGCCGGAAGGAUCGAUGACGAUGACGACGAGGAUGAGCAGCAGGAAGAACGCAGCCAGAAAUCCGACAAUGAAGACGACAGUAAUAUGCAACAAAGCCUUGGCGAUCUGUUUGGAGACGAGGAUGAGAGUGGCAGCGAGGAGGACGAUAAUCGAGACAGGCACCAAUCGCACAGGAGAUCGCCAUCUAUUGACGACUUUAUUUCGGAUGACGACUCCGAUCGGGCGAGAAAGAGGAAGGACAAGCAAAGGAAACAAGAGCAGCGUCGCGAGGGAUCUGAUGAUGAUCGCGAUCUCGAUAACGACUAUGGCAACUCUCAAUCGAGGACGAGAGUCGAGAACAGGGCAUCAGUCCAGCUGCCUGAAAUUGGCUUCCCCUACAGCUCUGAUGGCAAGAUUUAUUUGUCUCGUCUGCCAAACUUCCUGAACGUGGAUACUAAACCAUUCGACCCAGAUACCUAUGACGAUGACCAGGAGAGAAAUGGAGAUGAAUCUGAAAGCAUGCAGAAGAUCAAACUAAAGGUCGAAAACACAAUCCGCUGGCGUUUCAAGGACGGACAGGACGACCCCAGCAUUCUUACCAAGGACCGUGAGAAGGAGUCAAAUGCUCGUUUUGUGCGCUGGUCUGAUGGAUCACUUUCGUUGGUUCUCGGAGACGAAAUGUUCCAGGUCAAUGCUCAGGCGCUUCAUAACCAGCAUCAAUUCUUGGUGGUCCACCAUCCUUCGGAGUUGAUGUUACAGACCCAGCAGGCGUUCACAGAUACCUUGACCUUCCAGCCACAGUCGACGCAAUCGUCAACGCAUCGUAAAUUGACAGCAGCCAUCGCGGGCAAACAUGUUAAGAGUGUCAAGACCGUGAUGGUGGCAACCUUGAGUGAUCCCAAGGCUGCCAAGGAAGCAAUCGAACAGCGCGAGUUGGAGCAGGUUCGCAGUCGUCGCAAGGUUGCUGCAGAGAGGAGCAGGCACGCUAGAGCAACUGGACUCACUGCCAGUGGACUGGAGGAGAGCGAUGGCGAGCACGAUGAUGAAGAUGACGAGGACUUUGAAGCCGAAGAGGAGAGAAGACGCGAGAAGAUCAUGUCUAUCAAAAAGUCCGGAUCGGAUAAUUACAAGUCCAGGAACCGUUACUCGAGCGAUGAAGAUGAUAGCAUGGAAGACGAAGAUGAUUACGGCGGACGUGGGCGCCAAAGAAGGGAUAGAAGCCGUGAGCGGGAUCGUAGUCGUGAGCGAGAUCGCAGCCGUGACAGGAAUCGCAGCCGUGACCGCAGUGGAGAUCGACACCGCCGUCGCAGUCCCAGCCGCAGCAGGAGCAGAAGCAGAAGCAAGAGCCAUAGCCGUAGUCGCAGCCGUAGUCCUAUCCGUCGUCAUGGCGGCAGCAGCAGUCGUGGUGGUCGUGGUCGUAGCUACAGUCGUAGUCCCAGUCGCAGUCGGAGCCGAAGUCGGAGCCCACGUAGCCCGGGCAGCCCUCGGCCGAAGCGUCGUUCUGGCAAUGAUCGGAAUCGGGAUCGGAAUGAGGACGCGGAUGAUGAUCGCGAGCAGCAGAGAAGGGUGUCUGAAGACGAGAGACAGCAUGAUGAGGAUGAAGAUGAGGAACAGGCUGUGCAGAGACGGCCCAAGAAGAGAAGGACUGCAUUGGACAGUGACGAGGAGUAG